GAGAUGCUUCCUCCCAAUCACAGACCACCCUUCCCUAGUGGAGGUUCACAGAAUUGGUGCUGGGUAGAAAAGCACCUCAGGCUGGAGCAGCCUGCAGAGUGGGCCGGCUCAGCACAAGAAAGACAAGGAGGAGGAAGGAAGAGCAGUGGGCACUUUGUUUGGAUGCUUUGGAACACGAGAAGGUGAUGCAGGUGAUAGUGUGAUGGAGUCAUGUUAUGAAACCUGGAGCAACAUUUGUCACCUGGUCCUACUCAGCUGGAAUGUUCUCGUGUCCUCAGCUUGGGGGAAAUCCUGAAGAUGGCCAAAGAUGACUCCACUGCUCGUUGCUUCCAGGGCCUGCUGAUUUUUGGAAAUGUGAUUGUUGGUAUGUGCGGCAUCGCCCUGACUGCAGAGUGCAUCUUCUUUGUAUCCGACCAGCAUAGCCUCUACCCGCUGCUCGAAGCCACUGACAAUGAUGACAUCUAUGGGGCAGCCUGGAUUGGCAUGUUUGUUGGCAUCUGCCUCUUCUGCCUGUCCGUUCUAGGCAUUGUAGGCAUCAUGAAGUCCAACAGGAAAAUUCUUCUGGCGUAUUUCAUUCUGAUGUUUAUAGUAUAUGGCUUUGAAGUGGCAUCUUGUAUCACAGCAGCAACACAACGAGACUUUUUCACGCCCAACCUCUUCCUGAAGCAGAUGCUGGAGAGGUACCAAAAUAAUAGCCCUCCAAACAAUGACGACCAAUGGAAAAACAAUGGAGUCACCAAGACCUGGGACAGACUCAUGCUCCAGGACAAUUGCUGUGGUGUAAAUGGUCCAUCAGACUGGCAGAAAUAUACGUCUGCCUUCCGGACUGAGAAUAAUGAUGCCGACUAUCCCUGGCCUCGUCAGUGCUGUGUGAUGGACAGUCUUAAAAAACCUCUCAACCUGGAGGCCUGCAAGCUAGGAGUGCCUGGUUACUACCACAAGCAGGGCUGCUACGAACUCAUCUCUGGACCAAUGAACAGACAUGCCUGGGGGGUCGCCUGGUUUGGAUUUGCCAUUCUCUGCUGGACUUUUUGGGUUCUCCUGGGUACCAUGUUCUACUGGAGCAGAAUCGAAUAUUAAGAAUGAAGUGUCACCAUUAUACCACCUUCCUCCAGCGACUCUGGACCGCGUGCUGCAAGCUUGCUUUCCCAGUAUAUUUCUCACAUCUGAGCCCUGAGGGGAUGUGUGCAUUCUUACUCAAAUUACCAAGUCAGUUGGUGUGGUGUUCCUCUGAGCUCUCAGCCUCUCAAAAUUCUCACUAGUGUUUUCAGCUUGGUCUGGAGUUCUGUGACAUUUUUAUACAUGGUAGGAAAAGGAGACUUUAGAAAGACGGUAACUACUUCCACCCCUGUUUAUGUUUAGUUUGGGGGCAUAAAGACAUCCACAGGAACCUGUGAUAUCGCAGUAAGCCCAAGUCUGUAUUUGGAAGGCAAAUAUUUCUCACUGCUUUCUAAAAGAGACUUCCAAAGGCUUUUAUUCAAGUCAACUUUGCACAGGUGGGAGAACUAAGGAAAAGUUGGCCUUUGUUCUAUGGCCUUUGUUCUAUGGUGUCUCCCAUCUACGCAGACUCAUGUGAUUCCCUUAAUGCCAACUUAGGACACCUUUAUUCUCCAGGACAAUAUCCAACCUUGAGUUAAUAGUGGUUGAAACUUCCUCUCAGACACAGCAGAGUGAUAUGUUGUGUAUUAAGCUCAGUUCUCCCAUUAAAAUUAUAUGGACUUUUGGGGACAAAGAAGGGGCUUGUCACAUAUUCACCCAUGUCAACUUUUGAAACACCUUUCAAACAAGAGAGAAGCAAGCUGGCUAUUAGCUACAUGAUUUAUGGUGAUUUCUGUUACUGUCAAAAUAUUCCUCUUCUGAACUGUUUCUAUUUGUGGUCCUGAAAGAAAUUCUUAUAAUUCAAUAUUUGUUUGUCUAGUCUUAUAAAUAAAGAAGGCUUUUAAAUAUG